AUCAAGCGUUUAAUCGUUUAUCCCGUUUUGGUUUUGCCUAUAUCAUAUUAGAGCGUUUUACUUUAGAGAUUUCCAGUAAAUCAUGUGAUACUCGAAUAUAUUUUCAGACAAUAAGGAUUUAUUUGUGUCCAGGGGAUCCUGUUACGCGAGAUGGCGUCUGAAGACACAAGAAAAUCAUCCGAAGCAGAUAUAUCACAUAGUGCACAAUGCAUGCAUUCAGAAUCUCAUAAGCCGACAGAUAAUGCCGAUAAAAACAAAACAAAUAAAUCUGGAAGUGAUUCUCAGGGGUCUUGCUACUGUGGCAAAGACAGGAAUCUUAACAUAGUGGAACUACUGUGUGCUUCAUGUAACAGAUGGUUUCAUGAGUCUUGUAUUGGGUAUCAGUUAGGAAAAUUGGUGCCUUUUAUGACAAAUUAUUUGUUCAUUUGUAAGAACUGCUCUCCAACUGGUUUGGAGACUUUUAAGAAGAAUCAAGCUCCAUUUCCUCAAAUGUGUCUGACAGCUAUUGCAAAUUUGAAGCAGGAGUGUGCCAAAAAUGGUAGCAAUAAGACCCUUUUCAGCAAAGAUAGAGAGAUUAUUCCAUACAUAGAUCAAUACUGGGAGGCAAUGACGACUAUGCCUCGAAGAGUGACUCAAUCUUGGUAUGCUACAGUGCAAAGAGCGCUGAUCAAGGAUAUCCAGGUCCUUUUCACAUACGAGGAGGACUCAACCCACGGGCCAAUGUUUGGGCUCUAUAAUAUGGAGCUUACCUCUAUCAAGCCUAACUAUGAAGCCAUGAUCAAGCAGGGGCAGCUGAAAGUCACUGAUAUGGGGAUUGCUACAAUACCCCUGGCAGGCAACGUAAAGGGACGUCAGGGCAAGCGUCGUCCGGCCGUCGGUGGCGCGGCCGAGGCGGGCGCCCCGGCCGGCAAGAAGGGCCGUGCCGCCGACCCCGCCAGUCUCAAGUUGCCAUCUCAUGGGUAUCCUACCGAGCAUCCCUUCAAUAAGGAUGGCUAUCGGUAUAUACUGGCCGAGCCUGACCCUCACGCGCCGUUCAGACAGGAAUUUGACGAGAGCAAUGAAUGGAGCGGCAAGCCUAUCCCAGGCUGGUUGUACCGCUCGCUUUGUCCCGGUAUGGUGCUGCUCGCGUUACACGACCGCGCGCCGCAGCUGAAGAUAUCCGAGGACCGGCUCGCGGUCACCGGCGAGAAGGGAUACUGCAUGGUGCGCGCCACCCACGGUGUAUCACGAGGGGCAUGGUACUGGGAAGCCACUGUCGAAGAGAUGCCGGAAGGCGCAGCCGCCCGUCUAGGCUGGGGGCGGCACUACGCGAACCUGCAGGCGCCGCUCGGAUACGACAAGUUCGGGUACUCGUGGCGCAGCCGCAAGGGCACCAGAUUCCACGAGUCGCGCGGCAAACAUUACAGUAACGGCUAUGGCGAGGGCGACACGCUAGGUUUCCUCAUAGUGCUUCCUAACAACCACAAUACAAAGUACACGCCCAACACCUACAAAGAUCGGCCAUUAGUAAAGUUCAAAAGCCACCUUUACUACGAAGACAAAGACAACAUCCAAGAAUCUCUAAACAGCCUGAAGCCACUAACCGGCUCCAAGAUUUACUUCUUUAAGAACGGGCAGUGCCAAGGGACAGCCUUCUUGGACGUGUAUCAGGGCUGCUAUUAUCCUUCAGUCAGUCUGCAUAAGAGUGCCACUGUCAGUGUCAACUUUGGGCCCAACUUCAAGCAUCCCCCGGGGAGUGAAUAUAGCUUCAGACCAAUGUCCGAGAAGGCCGAGGAAGCUAUUUGCGAGCAUACCAUGGCCGACCUCCUGUACCUCACCGACAAUGAGGGCAAGCUGCGACUAGACAACUUCAAUCUCUGAUAUACGUAGCACCGUUAAUUCGGUGUACAUGCACUUAGUGUGAGGUGUGAGAUAUGACACAACAGUGAACUAUAUGUAUAUGUAUAUAGUAUAUAUUUAUUCAACUACCCUUCUCAACCUAUGUUUGCAUGUCAACCUAUGUUUAUAUGUCUCAACCAAUGUAACAUGUGCGCGUUCGCGCCGCGUUUAUCUGACUUAAUCCUUAAUUCGAAAAAAUAAAAACGUGCAAGGUUGUGAACUUAAACCUCCUAGGCUCUGAAAGUUAAAAUGAUCCUGGUUAGAAAAAAUCCAAAAAAGGGGCAAAAGUUAUGGUCCAAUAUGUGGAAGUUGGCAAUUUAAGGGUUAAACUUUUGGGAAAUAAGGGGUGAGACUUGUUCCUGGUCCUAUAUAUCAGGAUGACACAUGCUAUGCGAACGAAAAGUGAUCUUUUCUAUACAUUAUUUACAUGUUUAUUGGCGUUUUAUAUUAAAGGUGUUCAUUCAUGUCGAACAUGACUAUAAAAAAAUUAUUUCAGUAUAUUUUUAAUUUAAAAAAUAAAACGGCGGCAAAGCAAAUCUUUUUAGUUUUUUCUGUGAAAAUAUAUACAUAAAAACGUUGCUUCUGUAAAAUAUUUCUAUUAUAUUUGCAUUUAUUGCGCCAUUUUUGAGAAAAGCACUAUAUAUGACUCGGCUGGAAGGCUACUUGCUGGCUUCCGAGCCUCGACAAUAAUGUACUAUUAUCAUAUAUCUGUUCUCUAAUGUGAUGAAUUUAAUGGUAAAUAGUCACAUAAGAUUAUACUAUAGUAACCAUUAAAUCAACUAUGUAAUUAUAGAAUAUUGGCCCUACAUAAACUAAUCAUGUAUUAAAAUGCUUUGUCUGAUCGUAAUAUUUAUGUACUCUGGCCAUCUAUCACUAGUAAAAAGGCGGUAAAUUUGAAAAAUGUAGGUUCUAUACAUAUGAAUGUAUAGUGAAAUGAUGAGUAUUAUAUUUCCUAACACUCCUAAAAGGACAACAAUAGAAUCAUAAAAUAGUGUAUAUAUAUAUAUAUAUCAAGGUUGCAUCAAUAGGUAUCUCAAGUUGAAUGUUGUGUUGUGUAAGCAAAA